AUGCGCGCCGUACUUGUGAAAGAUGGAAAAGGCCCCGUUGAGAACCUUUACCUUGGAGAGGCGCCAACGCCGACGCCAAAGGAAGACGAAGUUUUGGUGAAGAUCAGGGCUUUUGGCUUGAAUCGCAUGGACAUCAGCCAGCGCAAUGGAGGCUACAAUCUGCCUCCGGGCGCGUCGACCAUCCUCGGCGUCGAGUUCUCCGGGCACGUAUCCGCGCUCGGUGCAGGCGUUACGGGGUGGAAGGAGGGCGACGAGGUCUUUGGCCUUGCCUCAGGGGGCGCCUACGCGGAAUUUAUCGCCGUGCCUCAGAGGAAUCUGAUGCGAAAGCCAGCCCACCUGUCCUGGACGGAAGCUGCCAGCGUCCCUGAAAACUUCCUGACUGCUUUCCAGGCGCUGGCUCUGAUAGCCGAGAUUAAGAAGGGCGACCACGUCCUCAUCCAUGCUGGUGCAUCCGGUGUCGGGGUAGCUGCCAUUCAGCUCUCUCGUCUUCUCGGCGCGGCCACGGUUACCGCGACGGCUUCUAGUACGGAAAAGCUGGAUUGGCUGUUGUCGCUGCCGAACGGUGCCACACAUGCGGUGAACUACAGGACCCAGGAUUUUGCAGCAGAAACCAAAAAGGCAACCGGGGGAAAGGGCGCGGACGUCGUCGUCGACCUCGUCGGGCAGAGCCACUGGCACAAGAACAUCGAGGCCUUGGCUCUUGAUGGGAGGAUGGCCAUCAUUGGUCUCUUGAGCGGUUCUGAGGUGGCAACGCUCAAUAUGAGCAUAUUGCUGUACAAACGCCUGCGGAUACAAGGUUCCACGCUACGCUCCCGUUCUGCUGAUUAUCAGGCCGCGCUGAUUGCGAAAUUUGGGCAUGAUGUCCUGGACAGCAUCACGAACGCCACGGGCGGCGGUGCCGUGCGGACUUACAUUCACGAGGUGUUUCCCUGGACAAAAAUUCAGGAAGCUCAUCAUGAGAUGGAAGCAAACAAGAAUAGUGGGAAGAUUAUCGUGGAAGUGGUGUAA